CAGAUGAAACAAGGCAGGACAGACAGAAGAAUGGAAACAUUUUUCAGAGGUUUUUAGAGAGGAGACGUUAUAACCGGAUGAAAACAAAACUUCAAGGCGACCUGAUAAAAUUUUAUAGACAAAGAUGCAGUUCAAUACCUCUGUCGCCGCUUCUUGAAGAAGUAGAGACACCUUUAGCUGGGUUCUACGUGAUGCCAGAUAUAGUCGACGUAAAACAGAAGUCCCUAAAUUCCAAUGAAGAGGAGAGAAUACUCGUCGAGUCUUUAAGGAACCUGUUUUCAUUUGGAAGUCAAGAUCAACAAGAAAUAUAUUUAUCAGCUGAUGCAGGCUUUGGAAAAACUGCUUUCUCAAAAUAUCUUGCAGUCACGUGGUGUCAAGCUCAUUGCCACGAUGAAAACUACGCCUGCUUUAAAAAGGACGAGUUAAAAACGUUAUUAGACUUUAAGUUCUUAUUUUUGAUUUUCUUAAGAGACAGUCCCUCUGUUUGUAAAAUUGACGAUAUGAUUGAACAGCAAAUUACGAAGAAACUUCCUACUUCUGCAAUACUAGAUGAAGUUUUACGUAGAGAAAAAUGCUUGAUUAUAUUGGACGGUCUUGAUGAAUGGACUCAUCCUGAUAAUAACUGCAGCGAAGAAACAGAAAAAAUCCCACAUCGAUACGUACGUGACAAUUGUGUGAUCCUAACGACAACUCGACCGUGGAAGCUUGGAGUUUCAAAUCUCAAAACAAGUCAAAUAAACAAAAAAGUAGAAUUGGUUCAAUUAAGUGCAGAUUCUACCCGGCAACUUGAAGAAAAAAUGCUAUAAGAAAAAUGACUGGUGUCCGUGACGAUAGAGUACUGAAGAGUAAAAGACAGGUCUUUGAUAAAGUGAUACGUGACCGUCGCCUAGAGCACAUACAAGGGAUUCCGCUCCUUCUCAUGUAUAUAGUUUGCCUAUGGUGUAACAACAUUCCUAUAGGAAAUUCAAAACAUAAAAUUUACACCAAUAUCAUUGAAUUCCUAUUAUCAAGAACGUCAAAGAAACACCCGGAUGUUCAACCAUCUCGUGAAUCGUCUGCCAGUGAAAUUCCAGAGUACUUCAAAAAUCAUGAAUUUUGUAAAAGGUUUUACAGUCUUAUAACAUCAUUAACGGAACUGGCUUACCAAACAUUAUGUAACGAAACAAGGGAAAACAUGUUGGUAUUUGAUAGAACGGUUGCUGAUAUAUAUCUCAAAGCAGACGACAUGAAAUUAAGUCUUCUCUCAGGAAUACUGUCAGAAAGUAGCAGUAAAAAUUUAAUCGAAGAACUUAUCAAAGUAUCUUUUUCUCACAAAACUGUGCAAGAAUUCUUUGCCACCAUAUAUAUUACUUCUCACAGUGUUCUAGAAAAUUGUAGAAAUGUUCAAGAUAUUUUGGACAUGUCAAAGAUUUGUGAAUUUAUGAGUGGAAUGAAUGCUGCCUGGAUGUGUGAAAUAUCAAAUGAUUUGAUGUCUGUGAUAAAUGAAGACGAGAAAACACGCGACUAUAGAACUAUGACAGGUAACGAGGGCUUGUACAAUAAUCCAUUGUAUAACAUACAGGAAAUGUUCAUGUCCUGUUUGCAAGAAAUGCCUGAAAGUGAAAAUAUUCACUUAUGUUUACAAGAUUUCUUCAUUGACCGGCACACCGAGCACAGUGAGCAGUUACAACGUUUGUUGAAACAAAAUAAAACAAACAUAAAAUCACUGUAUAUAAACACCAGACGUACUUCCAGCAGUUUACAUGAAAUUAUAGAUUUAUUCUCUCUCACAGAUCUCAGUCAUGUACAAAAACUUUAUUAUAAUGGUGACUGGGUGAAGGAAGAUGUUGAGAUAAACCGGAUAUUGUUUCCCAGUUUACAGGCCGUAACUUUGCGGUGUGGUAAAUGGACAAAUUAUGAAAAGAAUCUGAGUGAAAAUUUAGCGCGAUUACAAAACUUACAAUAUUUAUAUAUUGAAUACUUCACGUUAUCUAACAAAAUACUGGAAAAAAUUUUCAAUUUUAUCUCCGGUCAAAAUUCAAUGAAAGAGUUAUCAUUGGUGAGAUUAGAGUGUGAUGAAUAUGGCUACGCUGACUGUGAGAGAAGGAACUUGGACUUGUCUCAACAUUCAACUCUAUCAACGUUAGACUUGCAGGGGCUACCUGGGAGGCUACAAUUAAAUAUAUCAACACCGUCAUUAGUUAAUGUUACGUCGUGGGACAUCAAUCUAGAUGAAAGUUCAUUAUUACUGUCACGUGACAUGUUAAAUAUUGAAUGUGUGAGGUUAGGGCAUAUAGAAAUGUCUGCAGAAAGUUUACAGAACUUUAUUACCGUGCUUGAAAAUCUGCCGCAGUCUGUUACAGUACAGAUGGAAACCAUUAAACCGGAAACAGAAUAUGACCGUGUUAGAGAAAAUAUUCGAAGUUCACAAACUUUUCAUGUGAUACAAGACUGCCAGUGGCUGGGGUUUGAGAUCAAAACAAGAAAACCAAGUAAAGAAUAAACAAAGGAAAAACAUUGUAAAAUAAACUGAUGAAAUAACUUCAAUGUAUUUAAAUGAAAACAAUUUAAAAAUGGACACUUAAAAAACAAAAUGACGGUUUCUUCUAUGUUAUACAUGUACUGUAUAGUUUGGUCAUUUAAUUCACAAACAUUUAAGUUUAAAGUUUAAUUAAGUGACAGUUGUUUAUAAAUAAAUAAAUAAAAACAUUUUAAGAGGAGAAAUAAUUCAAGGACAUUUUUUACCGGAACUUAAUGGAUAACUUGGAAUAAGGAUUUGGAAAUAUU